AUGGUCGACAACAAUUAUAUGGAAUCCAACGAAAAGCUUGCACUGCCUUCACAGAUGCCCCUGCGUACGAGUUGCACACUUCGAUUGAACGAGGCGAAGAAGAAUGACACGAACUCGACCACUAGACCACAUGAUCCGAAAAAUACGGCGUGGCUCAUAGAUGAUGCUGCCGAGGAUGUUGGCAAGACAACGCGCAAUCUGUAG